AUCUUCAAAAACUACUCGUCUCAAUUAUCAGUUGAGAUCGAGAUCAGCAAUUUGAUCUUUUUCUGUCUUCUCUCAUCUCUUCGCUGAGAGAAGCUAUUUGGCAAAGACUUCACAAUGGCUUUUCGCCGUGCCCUGGCCAAGCCAGUGGCUGCUGCACCUGCGAUAUCAGCCUCGACAACCACCUCCGCCGCAAAAUCAUCGGCCACAUCAUUCUUUGCUCGCAAUGGAAGACGGUCAACUAGUAGCUCUACGUCUGCAUUGGCCUACAAGGCCAUGCACCGUCGCUCGCCUCUGAAACUCCCCGUUUCCGACAAUGCACCUCAAUGGGAUGCUCCAGCAGCCGUAUCAUCAAUCCUAUAUGAGACACCGCUGCCGUCCACAAACCCGCCCAAACGGCAUAUCUUGAACUGCCUCGUUCAAAACGAACCUGGUGUCCUGUCCCGUGUCUCUGGUAUUCUGGCCGCUCGUGGGUUCAACAUCGACUCUCUUGUUGUCUGCAACACCGAGGUCGCAGAUCUCUCACGCAUGACCAUCGUGCUUCGCGGAUUGGACGGAGUCGUUGAACAAGCUCGUCGCCAACUGGACGAUUUGGUCCCCGUCUGGGCUGUGUUGGAUUACACUGAAGCACCUCUCGUGCAGCGUGAACUCUUGCUCGCCAAAAUCAGCACUUUGGGUCCCGAAGCAUUUGAGGAAUUGCUCAAGCACCAUCGUGAAAUGACAUCUGAUGAUGCCGCGGGCGCAGAGAAUGGUGAAGCUGGUGUUACGAUUGAGGAUUCCCAUUUCCAUCCUCGAAACAUCCCCGCUUCGCAAGCUCUGAGACAUAAGCAUGAGCAUCUUGAUGCUAUUACUCGUCUUACGCACCAAUUUGGUGGUAAGGUUUUGGAUAUUAGUACGAAUAACUGUAUUGUCGAGGUAUCCGCCAAACCAUCCCGUAUCGACUCCUUCCUCAAACUCGUCGGUCCUUUCGGUAUCUUGGAAUCAACCAGAACCGGAUUGAUGGCCUUGACUCGCUCACCGCUUACUGAAGUUACUGAAGAAGUCGAGAAGGAAGCCGCUGACGUUGUCGAUGCCAGCACUUUGCCUCCUGGUUAAGAUUAUUCCGUGAGUCGCUUGUAUCAGGAGUAUGGGUUGAGUGUAUUCUUCCGGAGGGUAUUUCAAUAGUAAUUGAGUUUUUCUCAUUGUAUCUAGUGGAGAAAAAAUAUUUCUAGUUGUCAUAUGAACGCGUCUUUCCCAGGUUACCAAAACGGAGUAGACAAGAGCGCCCUACUCCCAUUAUGUACAGUGUUGUAAAACAGCAAAAUAGAGGACAAAAGUAUAGCAAACCGCUAAGCGUAAAAAUGCUAAAUGCGAACCUUCGCACCAAUUCCUCUACCCUGAUAAAACACAGUGGUCGAAUACUCGCUCAACGUAACGCCAACUUUGGCCUUUGCAUCCAUCAUCAAUGUACCCCCCAAUGCUCUCCGAACGGCAUCAUAUCCAACACCGCCAAGAUCAAGAGCAACAGGGAGUCUAGGUGUCUCUGAAUCGCCGGGAGGAACUGCAAAGGGCAACUCAUAGUCUAUUCGUCCGAUAGGUUCGGUAUGGUUGUAAAAUGCUGUUGCGUCUAUUUUGUCGAUAUAUAGGGUUGAAUGGCGGAGAGGAGA